AACCUCACUAUAGCCAUGAUUCAUUCUGAUACCAUCUUGUUGUAAGCUUACUUUUCUAGAAAAUAUUGAAUGGAUAUGAGAGACGUAUUACUGCAUCUUAUCUGAUAUUUUUUCGUUUACAAAAAUUGGAAAAUCCCAUUUCCUGUUAUCAAUAUUCAUCUCUUAUCUCUUUUCCACUGUUUAGUUGCUCACUUUUGUAUGGCGUAUGUUUUUACUCACUUUUGUAUGGUUCAGCUGUUUUACAAAACUUGAUAAAUGAAAACAGUUCAUUUCGCCUUCCAUUUAACUCAAUAUUUUAAAUGAGUAUAACCAGGCUAACUAGUUAUACUUAUAAAACGGGUUCAUUACUUAAAAAUUGCUAAUUAUUUUAAAUUCCAUUUUGACCCAAAAAAGUAUUUUUAUCAAAAAGAUUGUGGAGACUUACAAUGAUUAAGACAGAUGAGUCUCAACCUUUUGGAGGGUUUGCUAUUCCAAAGAGGUACAAGCAAAAUUUUGCUCUAUGUGUGAUAUCCUUAUGGUUUCUUGGAAAAUCUUGGCAAAUAAUCUACUCAUUAUUGGCUGAGAGAGAGUGGCAUUACCUUGACGCACCAAUGGUGGGCUCUUAUUAUCAUCCAAUGAAUGAGUUGGAUUUAAACUCAACCUAUUACAUGGGAUCUGUCAGUGAAAUUGGCGACCGAAAUCAGUUGAUUGAUCUGAUGGAUUUUGAUUUUCUAAUCAACGAUGCUGCUACAAAAUUGAAUUCCAGUGACAUAUUUUUGUUGGCUAUGGUUCAUUCUUCACCAAACCAUGUAAAUCAACGAAUAAUGAUCAGAAAUUCAUGGGGAGAACACAUAAAAGUUAUUUUUCUUGUUGGACUAACUAAUGAGGAGUGCCAAACUCAGUUAGAGAAUGAAAACUUACUAUUCCAGGACAUAGUACAAGGGAGAUUUAUAGAUUCCUACGAGAAUUUGACCUACAAGAAUGUAAUGGGCUUAAAAUGGAUCACUUACUACCGUCCACCAUCUCUAAAAUACGUGUUGAAAACGGAUGACGAUGUAAUGGUUAAUACCAAGAACCUAUUCGACUUUAUGGACGUGAGAUUAUCAAAAUUUGGUACCCAACGUCUGGUGGUGUGCAGUCUCAACUUGCAUCCUUCUGUGAAACGGACUUACCGAUCCAAGUGGAGAAUUUCACCCAAACUUUAUUCAAAACGAUAUUUUCCUAACUAUUGUAAAGGAUAUGCAGUCCUGUAUUCAAUUGAUGUUGUCAUUCUACUGUACCGUAAGGCUCAGUCUUCUUUUUACUUAUGGAUUGAUGAUGUGCUUGUGACAGGAAUAUUACUUGAAAAACUCAAUAUAACUCAAGUAGAUUUCCUAGCCCAUAAAUCCCUUUGGGAACUGUUAACACCUUGAUUAUACCUGUACUUUAUCUAUCUAAUAAUAAAAUAAAACAUUUCUCACAUUUUAAAUGAAUUGAAAUUCCAUUUAAAUGCAUUGUAAAAUUUUUCAAAUUAAAGUAUGGCAAACAAAUUGGAUUGGUGCAUGGCCUUAUAUGCACAUCUAAUCUAACUUGUAAAUCACUAGUUCUAAAACUUAUAAAUGCGUUAUUUCAAUUGAAUCUUCUGAUCAAAUAUAUGCAAUAUCCCUUCAAAAAAAGCUAGUUUUGAUAGUUAUUCGCACAAAAUAGAA